AUGCCAAGUCCGAAGAACCUGCACGAAUUGAGACGAUUGCAAGGUCGUUUGGCUUACAUUAGAAGGUUUAUAUCUAAUCUUGCAGGUCGAUGUCAACCAUUCCAGAGACUAAUGAGGAAGGAUGCAGUCUUUGAUUGGGACCAGUCAUGCCAAAAUGCAUUUGAUAGCAUAAAGAAGUAUCUGCUCAACCCUCCGGUCUUAAGUGCGCCUGCAGCUGAAAAACCAUUAAUAUUAUAUAUUGCGGCUCAAGAGACUUCGCUCGGGGCAUUACUUGCACAAGAAAAUGAUAAAGGUAAGGAAUGUGCACUCUACUAUCUAAGUAGAACUCUGACACGAGCUGAAUUAAAUUAUUCUCCAAUUGAGAAAAUGUGUCUCGCCCUCUUCUUUGCAAUAGAUAAACUAAGACAUUGUAUGCAAGCCUUCACUAUACACUUGGUGGCAAAAGCUGAUCCUGUCAAAUAUAUCUUAUUAAGGCCAGUCAUCUCGGGACGCCUCGCGAAGUGGGCUAUUAUACUCCAACAAUAUGAUAUUGUAUAUAUCCCCCAAAAAGUAGUGAAGGGCCAAGCAUUGGCAGAUUUCCUGGCUGAUCAUCCAGUUCCAUCAAAUUGGAAGUUAUGUGACGACUUACUUGAUGAGGAAGUAUUGUUUGUUGAAAGCAUGGAGCCUUGGAUCAUGUUCUUUGAUGGUGCGGCACGAAGAAGUGGAGCUGGUGUUGGCAUUGUCUUCAUUUCCCCUGAGAAACAUAUGUUGCCAUAUAGCUUCACACUCGGUGAAUUGUGUUCAAAUAACGUUGCCGAGUACCAAGCCUUUAUUAUCGGCCUCCAAAUGGCUUCAGAAUUUGGGAUAAAGUGCAUAGAAAUAUUCGGUGAUUCGAAGUUAAUCAUAAAUCAGCUCUCUUAUCAGUACGAGGUAAAGCAUCAAGACUUGAAGCCUUACUUUAGUUAUGCUAGAAGAUUGAUGGACAGAUUCGACAACAUAAUAUUGGAACAUAUACCGAGAUCAGAAAAUAAGAAAGCUGAUGCACUUGCAAAUUUGGCCACUGCUUUAACAGUCUCGGAAGAUAUACCAAUAAACAUUUUCCUUUGCCAAAAAUGGAUUGUGCCUUCAAUUGAAAGUCAAUAUGAAGAAGCUGGUGUGAUAUCUGUAUAUGCAAUUGAUGAAGAAGAUUGGCGCCAACCCAUUAUAGACUAUUUGGAGCAUGGAAAACUUCCCACCGAUCCUCGACAUAGAGCUGAAAUACGUAGAAGAGUUGCGCAAUUUAUUUAUUACAAAGACACACUUUACAGACGCUCAUAUGAGGGACUUCUGCUGCGAUGCCUAGGAAAAGAGGAAUCGACAAAGGCCUUAGAGGAAGCUCAUUCAGGUAUUUGUGUGGCCCACUAG